CCAGAAUCUGGGCCUGACAUCCCACAAUAGAUAAAGGUAGGGAGUAGUCCCCUAUCCUCAUACACCUUCCUGCGCAAAGGGGCAACGUUCCUUAAGCAAAGGAAUAGGUUCCACCGGACUCCCAUUUCCUCACACAUACUGGAGGUUUAUUAGUUGUGAUGAUACACUGCAGUUUCUGAUGAAAAUAAUCCAGAGAAGAUACAUUUUUUAUUAAGGUGAAAGAAGUCUUUGUCCUUCCCAGGAGACAGCAGACAUUCUAAAGAAGAAGACUUUGUUAUAUUGCAGUUCAGAGCUGCUGCUGCACACAGGCUUUAAUUUCUGACACCCAGAGGGCACCAGUAUGGGGCUACCUGUUCUUACAUAGUUCUUGAGCUUCCUGGCACAGUUUGAUUUCCUACUUCUUACAUGUUAGGAAAGUGCAAUUGUUUUGAGGUUUGGUUUCUUUCCCCUCUAUUCUGUAGAACUUCACGUUUCCAGUUUUAACUCUUGUUUUUUAAUGCAUUUAAUUUUUUUUAUCUUUUACCAAGGUUUUUUGCUAGGAAGAGCAAGCCAAGAACUUUUAAGUGCCAGCAAAAUAAGUUUUUCACUCUAAAAACCCAUUUGGACAAUGCUCUGCAGCUGCUUUUUUCUUUUUCUUGAUUUUGUUUCUGUAAAUUUGUUAAGCAAGUCUGUGUGUAACAUCAGCUUUCAGUAACACCUCUAAAACCCAUAGCUCAGAAUGCCUCCAGAGGGGAUCCAAACUCCUGGCUCCAAGUGAAGUAUACUCCAAAGCUUUAUCAAAUGGAUCAGGGCAUUUUCCUGUUGAGCUCUUAAAAUGAGGGGUGGAGACUGUCCCACAGCUCUCUUUCAUUGUUUGAGGUUUCGGGGCUUGGCAUAUUGAUUCUAUGUGUUCUUUCCCCAAAGUCCGUUGUCCAGCACUGACCCCAUAACCCAGGUAGAUCACCUUUUGUUUUACUACCUGAGCCUUUUUCUUUGAUACUCUAUACCCCUGAAGCCCCAAAAAGUUUAGAAGGCUUACCGUCCAGUCCAUGCACCCUUCUUCUGUAGGGGAAGCUAUUAGGAUGUUAUCUACAUACUGCAAUAUUUUCCCUUCUGGUGGAGCUUCCCAGGAUUCCAAAUCCUUCGCAAGUUGUUAUCCAAACAGGGUGAGUGAGUUCUUGUAUCCAUGUGAGCUGAGUUUUUCAUCCACUUUUGGAAUUUUGCCACUCAAAUGCAUAAAUUUUCUGGCUGGCUUCAUGGAGAGGGAGGCAAAAGAAGGCAUCCUUCAAAUCUAAAGCAGUAAACCAAGUUAGCUCUGGUGUUAAACACAUUAACAAGGUGUACAGGUUAGCCACCACAGGGUAGAGAUCCUCAGUUAUCUUGUUAACAGCUCGUAAGUUCUACAUGAGCCAGUAUGACACAUAGGUUUGCGGACAGACAGGAUAGGAGUGUUGAAGUCAGAUUGGCACUCCUUCAAUAAUCCCAGCUGUGAAAAAAAUUUCAGUUAUCGGGCUAAUUCCUUCUCUAUCUUCUCAACAGUAUCUAAAAGGAUACUCUUUCAUUCUAACCAGUUGUUUUCCUCCCUUAAGCUUGAUUUAUAUUGGUGGUGCAUUUUUCACCCUCCCUGGUACAUUGGAGGCCCAUACUCCCAGAAACACUUGAUUCAGGAUCUCUUCGUUAAUUUCCUCUUUAGCGUUAAUGGCUGUCAGUAUUAAACUCAGCACUUCUACAUAUUUUUGCUCAUUCACUUCCAGAGUAACCUCUCAAUUUUUAAAUUAAAUAGUUGCCUCCAACGUCUUCAAAAAAUCUCUCCCUAGGAGCGAAUCCAGGGAAUUGGGCAUGUAUAAGAAUUUAUGGAUGCCCCACUGUUUUCCAUACUUGUAUUUGAGUGGCUUGCAAAAAUAUGCUGUUUCAGAUUGGCCAGUUGCUCCCCUUACCCUAACAUAUUUGUUCCCCACUGGCACCAAAGUUUUAUUUAAAACUGAAAAUAUUGCCCCUGUGUCCACUAUAAGUUCCACCUCUUUUCCCUCCUUCCCCAGUUUCAUUUUUAUAACCAGUGGAUCCCCUGGCGUAAGGUCCCCUGAUCCCAUGCAGUCGCUUUUUGUACGAGCAACCACCAUAUCCCUUCCUCAGUUCCCUUUCCUAUUUCUUUUUUUGUUCAGGGCACUCAUUUUUCCAAUGUCCAGAUUGUCUGCAAUUUGCACACUGAUCUUUGCCCAGCCAGGGUGGCCCUUGCCUAGGGGGUCCUUGUCUCCACCUUCCUUUGCCUUCCUCUUUUACUACUGCCAUUAACUUUCUCAUCCCUUGCUUAUAUCCUUCUUCUUGAUUGCUGAAAACCCUCCAUGCCUCAUCUAGCGAGGCCUCCAAAUUCCUUCCCUCUGGUCCCCAGAGCUUCUGAAGUUUCCUCCUGAUAUCUCCCAUAGAUUGCCCUAAAAAUAAAUUUAUUAGCUGCUGUAUCCCUAUCUUGGAUCUAGGAUCUAGUGGUGUAUGGCAACGCAUUGCAUCUCUCAGGCAAUGUAAAAACUCAGAAGUUCCGGGUGAACAAUUUUGCCUAAAAAUGUGAAGUUCUAUUGAUGCAGGGCAGCCCCCGAUGUGAGAAUAACAUGCUCUGACUUUAUGAUUUCAGAAGGCUGAAGAAAUGCUUUAUUAAGCUACUCUACAUUACACUGAUACUAUACUAUAACUAUACUAAAGAGAUACUCAAGAAACCCCCGUGACUGUCUGGAGACAGCCAUGACACAGCUUUGACCCAAUUGGCCAAUCAAGCCAAACAACCAUUGCCUUCGGUAAACAAUCUCCAUAACACAUUCCACAUGUGCCAAACAACAGGAGCAGUGAAUAGAGAUAAGAAUUGUUUUCUCUUCUCUGAGCUUCUCACUGCCUUCUCCAGGAAAAAUCCUGGGAGAGAGAAUUAUGUCUCUCUCUGUUCACAGAAUGUGAAUACCACAAAGUUCUAAUAAAGUCCGUUUUUCUGCCUUCUGAGAAUGGAGUAAAAUGUUGCUUUCUAUCAACUGUCCCUACCUCAAUAGCAACAGAAACACCCUCAGCAAACCAGAGGUGCCGCUUCCUAGAGGACCUCUGGAAAUGUGUGAGCCCUUAAUCCGUUACAUUUCAUAGCAAAAAAAAAAAAAAAAAAAAAAAAAAAGCCCAGAAAACAGAUUCUUCAUAAUUUUUAAUAGAUAUUAUUGAAUUAUUUGUAUUUUUAUAUGUUUAUUUUGGUUACUUGCUAUGAUUUUCUUUAGGAAGGCAGCACAGCUCAGCAGCCAUGACACCUCUUGAUACCUGGCGACACCUGAAGUGGGCCAGGACAGGCUCUUCCUUCCACAACCCCCCUCCCCCAUCUCCAAGGUGCCAUCUUUCUGCUGACAUCACAAAGCACCUCCCUAGUCUACCAGGGACACCACAAGGUGGCACCCCCAUGGUGACAACUGGGGGCUGCUGGGCACUGCCUGUAGCCUCAAGCAGUGUUGGGGGGUUGUUCUGGUGGGUGUGGGAGCUUUAAUGGGAGGGCUCUCAGGGACAGGCAGGGCCUUCCCAUUAAAUUCCUCUCCUUCCAUCCGAGAGGAAUUUGGGGAGCACGAUGGAGGGGUGCUGCACCAUCAGCAUCAGCAAGAAGCAGAGUUACUUGUUUCCCACACUCCUGCGUCUCUCCACCAAAGGUAAGGGCUUUGGAAGCCCCUCAGGGGCCAGAAGGAGGGUUGGGACAGGGCUGGGGCUGCUCUGAGGGUCCCAUGGGCACAGCAUGUCCCCCUGCCAGGGCCAGGGCCAACUUCUGAGCUGUGGGAGCUCUGACCUUUCGAGGUUCUGGCUCUUAUUGGAGGUCUGACAGCUCCUACUGGGCUCUGAGGAGCCAGCUGGAUCUUGGGUUGCCAUCUCCUUUUGGGGGUUAGAUGACCACAGCCCUGGUUCUGAGACCUUUUCACACCCCCAGUUCUGCCCCAGCCCUGCUUGGGGAGUAGAGAGAACCCAGCUCCCUUGGGGAGUAGAACCAGGGGCCCAGUCCAGUCCAGGCUCUUUGUCAGCCCCAUCUGUCACUCCACAGAGCUCCCCAAAAUGCCAUGAGUACAACCUGACGACCCUUUCUGGUAUUUUCCAGAGGUGGUGGCCAUCUGGGAUGUCGUGUCUGCCUACAUCCUAGGACAGAUGAAGCUGGGCAAGGGUGUUCUUGUCCCAGGUCUGGGGACCUUUGCUGUGGUCCCUGAGCAAAUCAAUAGUACAGAAGAGAUGUAUGUGGUUCGAAGACCAGUGUUCCAGCUGGACAUGGACAUGUCCUGUUUACGGGAGCUGGUGUUCCCAACAGUGAUGAUCCCUGGUGACAUCGUGACAAUGCCACUGGAUUACUGGUGGCUGUCCCAGACCAAUUCCCUCCCACCUGACAUGGUUAGGGGCUGUGUGGAAGAGACCAUUCUCUUGUACUCCUUCCAGCUGAGGGACAGGCAGCGCCCCGCAUUCGCCUUUGAGAAUAUUGGCAUCCUGUCCUGCCAGGACAACGUUCUGUGCAUGCAAUUCCACUGCAGCUGCAUUGCAGGACUGGAGAGUCAGGACACCUGGGUGGCUCUGCUGCUCACGAGUCUAAAUAUGCCAGGUUCUGGUGUCAACAAUGGAGUGACCACUGCUCAGGGGGUGCAGGCUGCACAGGCCCACAUGUUCCCCAGGUUUCAGCUUGCUGUGUCUGAUGCUUUUUCCACCCAACAUGCAAAGGCUGCAGAGAAACACAGCAUCAGAACAGGGGAACAAGAGCAUCCUGGAAAGUUUUCCCUCCUUGUGCUGCCACACCAGAGGACAGGCACAAGGCAACAAGAGCCAAGGUCAAAGCCACCUGCCAGUGUGCUCGCCCCAUGCCCAGCCAGCUCUCUGAGGAUGAGGGAGGCAAGUGGGCAGAAGUUAGCUCCUUCAGCCAGGCCUGACAUCACACUCCUGGCUUCUGAGAACUGCCAGAGAGCACUGCAGGAGGUCUGGCAGCUGUGUGCAGGAUGGGAGCAUGGGAAUUCCCGCUGGAGAGAACAGAAGGUGGAAUGGGCGGCAUGGGAAUCCUGGGCUGCUGGGGAGGACCAACAGAUGCCACAGGUAUUUGGCAUUGGAGGUGCUUGGGCUCCACACCGUCCAUCCCAGCCCCCAAGAAAGGGGCUCACUGUGAGGUGGGGGACAGCUGGAACCCCCCUCCCCACAGAGAAGAUGGCAGAGAGAUUCCAGCCUGGGACCAGGCACCUUUCCCCACGAGCCAUCCAGGUGCUCCAUGGGCUGGAGCCACAUCAGACACGGAGGAACAUCUUCAUGUUUUUGGCUGAGAACAACCGGCGGCGGCAGGAGCAGGAGAGGCAGUUCUGCAGAAUCCUACCCCACAACACCUUGUCCUGAGUGGGGACACCUGUAUGGGACACCCAAGGUCUCAGCUCAACCUGGCUUUGCCUCAGCUGUACCAGGGACCUUCUCAUGGGCUGGGAAAUCUCCAGAGGCAUCUCCAUGGACACCUUAACAUGAUCUGAUCCCAGGUGGCCUGAGCCAACCCUACAGAAAUUCUCUGCCUUCUGCCUGCCCGUUUGAUCGAAUGCCUCUCUCUCUCUCUCUCUCUC